UAUGUGUGUGUAUCGCCACCGGCACGACAUCUUGCGUUUUAACCAAACCCUAUAAAUCAUCCACGAAACCGGAAAAAAGAAAUCUCCGGAGAAACCACGACUAUAGUAUUAAAGAAAAGAGAUGGAAGAGGAGGAAGCAGAAAUAUACGACGGAGUUAGAGCACAGUUCCCUCUAACAUUCGGCAAACAAUCAAAAUCUCAAACACCUCUCGAACAAAUCCAUAACACCACUAUCCGAAAAGCACCACCCACCUCCGCCGCCAACGCCGAAACCCAAUCCUCCUCUUCUAAAGCCUGGCCCGAUUCUCUCCGUCCCACACCUAAAUCAUCCUCCAAACCCACCCCUUCACUUGGACCGCCACCACCGCGGCCUACUGGUUCCAAUUCAUUCGUCGCCCAUGUUUCGAUUGGACCUCCUCGACCACAAGCUCGGGGUGUAGACGACGAAGAUGAUGGGGAAGUUAUGGUGGGGCCUCCGAGGCCUCCGCCGGGACUGGCUGCUGCUGCUGCUGAUGAUGAUGAUGAUGAUGAGGAGGAGGAGGAGGAGGAGGAUGGUGUGAUGAUUGGACCACUUCGUCCGCCGGAACCAGCGGAUUCGGAUGAGGAGGAUUUUCUGUAUCGGAUUCCAACGAGUAAUGAGAUUGUACUUGGAGGCCACUCUAAGGUUGUUUCAGCUCUUGCUGUAGAUCAUACCGGGUCUAGAGUUCUGUCUGGUAGUUAUGACUAUACAGUUAGAAUGUACGAUUUUCAAGGGAUGAAUUCGCGUUUACAAUCAUUUAGGCAGCUUGAACCAUCUGAAGGCCAUCAAGUUCGUAAUUUGAGCUGGAGUCCUUCCGCAGACCGGUUUUUAUGCGUCACUGGUUCUGCUCAAGCUAAGAUAUUUGACCGUGAUGGGCUUACACUAGGUGAGUUUGUCAAGGGGGAUAUGUACAUUCGUGACUUGAAGAAUACAAAGGGUCACAUUUCUGGAUUGACUUGCGGGGAGUGGCAUCCUCAAGCCAAGGAGACAAUUCUAACAUCAUCAGAGGACGGUUCACUACGUAUAUGGGAUGUGAAUGAUUUCAAAAGUCAAAAGCAGGUCAUUAAACCAAAGCUUGCUCGGCCUGGAAGAGUUCCAGUUACCACAUGUGCUUGGGAUCGUGAAGGAAAGCGCAUUGCCGGCGGCAUUGGAGAUGGUUCUAUACAGAUAUGGAGCCUUAAGCCUGGAUGGGGAAGCAGGCCAGAUGUUUUUGUUGAGAAGGGUCAUUCAGAUGACAUCACUUGCCUCAAAUUUUCAAGUGAUGGACAAAUUUUACUCUCAAGAAGCUCUGAUUGUUCACUGAAGGUUUGGGAUUUGCGGCAAAUGAAAGAGGCCCUUAAAGUCUUUGAGAAUCUUCCAAAUAACUAUGCUCAAACAAAUAUUGCAUUUAGUCCUGAUGAGCAGCUUUUCUUGACUGGAACAUCUUUUGAAAGGGAGAGCAAAACUGGAGGUGUAUUGUGCUUUUACAACCGGGCAAAACUUGAACUUGUUUCAAGAGUUGGUAUUUCUCUGACUAGCAGUGUUGUGCAGUGUGCUUGGCAUCCAAAGCUAAAUCAGAUCUUUGCAACAGCUGGAGAUAAAAGCCGAGGAGGAACCCACGUACUAUAUGAUCCAACCUUCAGUGAGAGAGGAGCUCUUGUAUGUGUUGCAUCCGCACCUCGGAAAAAAUCUUUGGAUGAUUUUGAGGUGCAGCCCGUCAUUCACAACCCCCAUGCACUACCCUUGUUUAGAGAUCAGCCAAGCCGAAAGCGUCAGCGAGAGAAAACAUUGAAGGAUCCCCUUAAGUCCCACAAACCUGAACUUCCAAUGACAGGACCAGGUUUUGGUGGAAGAGUUGGUGCUAGUAAAGGAAGCUUAUUGACUCAAUAUCUUCUUAAGCAAGGGGGAAUGAUCAAGGAGACAUGGAUGGAGGAAGACCCACGAGAAGCUAUAUUGAAGUAUGCUGAUGCUGCGGAAAAAGAUCCCAAAUACAUUGCUCCAGCAUAUGCGCAAACCCAGCCUGACCCAGUUUUCGCAAAGUCGGAUUCCGAGGAUGAAGAAAAAUGAUGCAGAGUCAGGUCGGUCUGCCUCUACAUCAACCUGAAUUUUAUUUCAGAAGCUGAAACACUGAAGUGAACAUCAAUGAAUAUGCAGAGGUAUCGUAAUUUCUCUCAUGCAAUGCUCAUGGAAGUGAUUCCAUGAAAUCACAACCUGGCUUCUACAAAAUAGGUUUUUCAUGGCUUCUACAAGUUUCUAACAUAAAAAUAGAGACGAAAAUGGUGAGAAUCCGGAAGAGGAUCUGCUUUCUUUGCCCAUGGUUAUGUAUUUUUAGGCUAUUUUUGUAGCUUUUGUAUCGAAUGUUCAAAAUAUUAGGAAUUGGGUGCUUGUGGAGGCAUCUGCAAAAUCUAAGGCAGUCAAAUAUGGUUUCAACUAAGGUGAUUGAACUUGUAGAGUACUCUGAUUCUUGAGCAGUUUAUUCGUGUCUACAAGUGACCAAUCAGUCUUGUAUAUUUGCCAUAAUAGAUAUUUUUGUAGCCUUUGUAUCA